AUGAAGAAAUUCAGAACACAACUAUCAAAAAUUGCAAACGGAUUCAUUGUUAAAACACCAAAUCAACUCGAACCUAUAAUCGUAACAAGUAUGCUCAUAUCUGGAACCGCUGACACUCCAGCAAAAUCUGAUUUUUUGAACUUUGUCCGGUUCAAUGGUGCUUUUGGUUGUGCGGCUUGUUGUAUUAAAGGUUCAAGUGGAAAAACUAAUAAUGGGUCGACCCAUAUUUUUUUAGCCGGGUUAAAACAAAAAAAAAAACAGUACGUUAUUUGCCCCCUCUCCCCUCCCCGUAUUAUUUAUCUUGUCAGCACGAUAACGUCUACAAUUCUUAAGGGGGAACACCACUGUGACGAUCGAAAAAAACAGGGUAAUAAUCAUUAA